AUACAGCACAACGGCUCCAGGAAGCAAUUGCAAAGCCAAUUAUGAUUCUGCAAGGUCGCUCAAGAUAAGGCCCAGGGCAUUAUUACAAGACUUUCCCGGGGUUCAACAAGGUCUUUGCUGAGGCAAAGUUCGGCAGGUUCCCGGUUCUGAACUUUUCAGUCACAGUCACCGGCAUUGACACAAAAAUCAAGGAGCUUUCCUAUUGCGUUCCAUCAUGUUUUCCUGGCUGCCCUGGAGCUCAAAGGUCGCCGACGAUGUACCGGACAGCCAGCGGCACUCUGCUUUUCUGAAGCGCUUUGAGGACAUUCGGGACAAGAGCAAUUGGGCGCAGGUUCCAGAAAUCUCAGGAGCAGAGCUGAAAGACUUGCCCAGGGACUCCUACAUCCUGGUAGAUGUCCGAUCGGAGGCAGAGCGCAACGUGUCCAUGAUCCCGGGCAGUAUCACAAAAGAAGAGUUUGAGAAACGGUUUGACGAGCUCAAGGACCAGGACAUCGUGGUUUACUGUGCAAUCGGCGGUCGCUCGGGGACGUACUGCAAGCAGCUGCUGGCGACGCAUCCGGGCCUCAAGGUGCGCAACUACGCGGGAAGCAUCAUUGACUGGCUCCACGUGCCAGGCGCUCUCGUGGACCACGAAGGGAAGUCGACCAACAAGAUCCAUCCCGGGGGCAGCACGUGGAAGCAGUACGUGCCAGCAGCCGGGAAUUACAUCAUUGUGACGUGAAGAGCGGACUUAUGGGAAGGCUGGACAUAGUAUAGAGGGGGCUGGGGAGCAGGUGCCUAGCAAAUGGCACGUGUCGAGCGCUCGGUGCUUUUGAUCGCGUUGUUGACAAGCUUCGUAGAUAAUCUGAUAAAUUGCAGCGAUAUGGAUGCGGUCUGGUGGUCAUAUUCAACUUUCUUGUAUACAAGAGCAGUCCAGACGCUUUGGUUGUACAUACAUAUACUCGUUGACGAGACAUUAGGGUUUCGAUAGCACAUUCAUGCCGCCAAGCUGCAGGGCUGAUAAAUGGGAUUUAGAAGUUGAUAGCAGGGACUACAAUUCAAGAAACCAUACGAGGUAAAGUGCCCGGAAUUAGAUAGAUAGCCUGUAGAUUGUUUUAAGAUCGAAUGCAUCUUCUACCGUUCCUUAUGUGAUCAAGAUAGAGACCAGGCUGGCAAGCUUUUGAAAAGGAAUAUCGACUCAACUAGCUAUGAAAAAGACAUAAAC